AUGGACCAAGAAAACCCCAACCCACCAUCAGAACAACCCUCAAAACGUAGCACAAGAUGUUGUUUCUGUCUCUACCGUGUCUUAUGGAUAAUUCUUGUCACAAUUAUCAUCCUUGUUUCCCUCAUCAUCCUCGUUAUAUACAUCAUAAUCACACCACGUUCGUUCAAAUUCCAUGUUAACCAAGCCAAACUCACUCAAUUCAACUUCACCAACAACAACACCACCUUAAACUAUAACCUAGUACUCAACUUCACUGCUCAAAACCCUAACAAAAAACUCAAAAUCUACUACGAUGUCGUUGAAGCCAACGCUUUCUAUAAGGGAUACAAUUUCUCUGCCACGGAUAUGAACAAGCCAUUGCGCACCCUUCAGGAAACCAAAAGUGUGGAUUACCGUAUGAGUGCUGUUUUUAUUGGUCAACAUGUGAUGAUGCUUGAUCGUGAUGAGGUUGAUGAGUUUCAAGAAGAUUACAAAAAUGGUAUUUUUGGUAUUGAUAUUAAGAUUUAUUUUAGUAUAAGGUUUAGGCUUGGAAAUUUUAUAUUUGGUGACACCAAAGUCCAAGCAAAAUGUGAUCUAAAGGUUCCUCUUAGUUCUAAUAAUAGUGGGAAAAUGGUUGAUCCGUUUGAUCCCACCAAGUGUGUGGUGGAUUUCUGA